CGGCGGGGCGGGCCCCCGCCCUACCCUCACGCGGCUAUAAAGGGCGGCGGAGAGGCGCUGCGCCACCUCCUCACUGCGCGCCGGGCGGUUCGGAGGCAGCAGGAACAUCCCGAAGCGGUAAAGAUGGUGAAAGUCGGAGUCAAUGGAUUUGGCCGUAUCGGCCGCCUGGUUACCCGGGCUGCCGUCCUCUCUGGCAAAGUCCAAGUGGUGGCCAUCAACGAUCCCUUCAUUGAUCUGAACUACAUGGUUUACAUGUUCAAAUAUGACUCUACUCAUGGCCACUUCCGGGGCACUGUCAAGGCUGAGAAUGGGAAACUUGUCAUCAAUGGGAAUGCUAUCACCAUUUUCCAGGAGCGUGACCCCAGCAACAUCAAGUGGGCAGAUGCCGGUGCUGAAUAUGUUGUGGAGUCUACUGGUGUCUUCACCACCAUGGAGAAGGCCGGGGCUCACCUGAAGGGUGGUGCCAAGCGUGUGAUCAUCUCUGCCCCCUCUGCUGAUGCUCCCAUGUUCGUGAUGGGUGUCAACCAUGAGAAGUAUGACAAGUCUCUGAAAAUUGUCAGCAAUGCUUCCUGCACUACUAACUGCCUGGCGCCCUUGGCCAAGGUCAUCCAUGACAACUUCGGCAUUGUGGAGGGUCUCAUGACCACUGUCCAUGCCAUCACAGCCACACAGAAGACAGUGGAUGGCCCCUCUGGGAAGCUUUGGAGAGAUGGCAGAGGUGCUGCUCAGAACAUUAUCCCAGCAUCUACUGGAGCUGCUAAGGCUGUGGGAAAAGUCAUUCCUGAGCUCAAUGGGAAACUUACUGGAAUGGCUUUCCGUGUGCCAACCCCUAAUGUCUCUGUUGUGGACCUGACCUGCCGUCUGGAGAAGCCAGCCAAGUACGAUGACAUCAAGAGGGUAGUGAAGGCUGCUGCUGAUGGGCCCCUGAAGGGCAUCCUGGCGUACACAGAGGACCAGGUUGUCUCCUGUGACUUCAAUGGUGAUAGCCAUUCCUCCACCUUUGAUGCGGGUGCUGGCAUUGCACUGAACGACCAUUUUGUCAAGCUGGUUUCCUGGUAUGAUAAUGAAUAUGGAUACAGCAACCGUGUUGUGGACUUGAUGGUCCACAUGGCAUCCCAGGAGUAAGCUGAGCACACAGCCCCCCCCUGCUGCCUAGGGAAGCAGGACUCUCCUUUGUUGGAGCCCCUGCCCUUGUUCACCACCGCUUAGCUCUGCAUCCUGCAGUGAGAGGCCAGUUCUGUUCCCUUGUCUCCCCCACUCCUCCAACUUCUCCCCGAGCCUGGGGGAGGUGGAGAGGCUGAUAGAAACUGAUCUGUUUGUGUACCACCUUACAUCAAUAAAAGUGAUCACCAUCUGAAAA